AUCCAUCCAUCGCUCGUUAGCCUCGUGCGGUUCCAAUUCCGGCUGCACUCCUCCAUUGUCCACUCCGACCCGGCGACCCCCCCGAGGCCUCCCACCGACAUGUGGGCCCUCAACAACGCCAAGGCCGGCGGGCCCUGCCUCACUCCGCGCCGCCCCGCGCCGCCCUCCCUCGCGUCGCUGUCGCCGGCGGCGGCGGCGGCGGGGCGGAGGGUCUGGAGGCGCGGCCCCGCGCGGAGGCCGCUGGUGGCGGUGCGCGCGUCGGGGGCUGGGGGGAAGGACGGCCUAGGCAGCGGCGAGGGCAACGGCGAGGAGGCCGAGAGCAAGGCAUCGUCUUCCGGACAUGAUGACGCGUCUGCCUCUGCAGGGGAUGCCUCUGCUGGAUUGAACAAACCGCAUGACGAAUCAAAGUCUAGCGAUCCGAUUAAUGUUUCUAGCAGCAGUUACUGGCGAGAUGUGAGGGCAAACCUUGUGCGUCGGGAACAGGAGUUAUUCGUGGACCCAAGUGCUCCCGUAGAGUCCAAGGCAUCCUUGGGAGAUCCAGUACAGCUUCCUCAAAAAUGGGCUCAUGCUAUUACAAUGCCCGAGGCAGGGUGUGUUUUGGUUGCUACUGAGGCGCUAGAUGAUGACAGCAUAUUUGAAAGAACUGUCAUCUUCCUUCUCAAGCUUGGCUCAAGGGGUACCUUUGAUGGCCCAUUUGGAGUCAUCCUGAACCGCCCACUGUACACAAAGAUCAAGCAUGUGAAUCCAUCGUUCCGAGACCAGGCAACUCCUUUCGGUGAUUCACCCCUCUUCUUCGGAGGCCCUGUUGACAUGAGCAUGUUCCUGGUGCGGACUACCGACAGCUCACGUGUCAAGGGGUUUGAAGAGGUCAUUCCAGGCAUCUGCUUCGGCUUCCGAACUGACCUUGAAAAGGCUGCUGUUCUGAUGAAGAGUGGUGCAAUCAAGACCCAGGACCUGAGAUUCUACGUCGGGCAUGCUGCCUGGGACUAUGAGCAGCUGUUAGGCGAGAUCAGGGCAGGGUACUGGGCUGUCGCUUCCUGCAGCACUGAGCUGAUCAGCGAUGCGUUGACGGGUGAUCCUUCUUGCCUCUGGACCGAGAUACUGCAGCUGAUGGGAGGGCAGUACUCGGAGCUGAGUCAGAAACCGAAGCAAGACAGCUCAUAGAUGUUUUGCUCAUUUGCACCGAGAUAUUGCUGCUGAUGGGAGGGCAGUACUCGGAGCUGAGCCAGAGACCGAAGCAAGACAGCGCGUAGAUGUUCCGCUCCUCUGCUAAAUUGCUAUGUAAUUUUCCGCGACUGAGGUUGUGGUCAAGUCUGUACAUAAUUGAGAAUAGGGUGAUUCACCUGUCACUCGUAGCUUAAUGUAGCAACUGUUAUAUGCGUUGGUUGUACUUGAAUAUAUAUGUUGGCCGGCUGCUAGUGGAUGACAGCAAUUGGCGAAUGUGAAGAUGGUGCAUUUGAUGAAGCAAAUAUCAUAAUGGUGUCUCCA